GUUAAGGUCCACCCUGGGGUUGUGCAAGAAAGGCCACAGUCUAGUGACUCAUGGAGAAACCAUAUUUGCAGUUAGAAGGCUUCCCUUCCCCUCGCAGCCCCGGGUCCCAGCUGCUCUCCCCUCCCGCAGGAAAAUGCCAAGAACGAGGAGAUCCUAAAUUGCCUCAAGUAUGUACGACCAGGCGGCGGGUUCGAGCCCAACUUCAUGCUCUUCGAGAAGUGCGAGGUGAAUGGCGAGAAGGCGCAUCCGCUCUUUGCCUUCCUUCGUGAGGCUCUGCCCACGCCCAGUGACGACGCCACUGCCCUCAUGACAGACCCCAAGUUCAUCACCUGGUCUCCGGUGUGCCGCAACGACGUUGCCUGGAACUUCGAGAAGUUCCUGGUGGGCCCAGACGGUGUGCCCGUACGCAGGUACAGCCGCCGCUUUCUGACCAUCGACAUCGAGCCUGACAUCGAAGCCCUGCUGUCCCAGGGGCCCAGCUGUGCCUAGGAUGCCCCUCCUACCCCUGCUGCUUGGCAGUCACAGUGUUGCCCUCUGGGGAUUUUAUCCGUGAAGGUGUUUCCUCUAAACCUGCAUGGAGGAAUGCCAGAUGUCCAGGAAAAUCCCCCGAGAUGGGCACUGGUCCUGUCCAUCCCAGCCUCCCCUUUCCCAGACCAUAGCUUUCUCAUUAAUAAAGUGCUAAGUGUGAGCAGAA